AUGCCAUCCUGGAAUGACGAGGAGAGCUCGGACGAGGACACCUGCAUGGAAACCCCUGACAGUGUGGUGGAUCCAUCUUUCUGUGGUUUUUACACUGAAUCUGAGCCGACGUGCAUGAUGCAUCAUCAGAGGCCGAAGAAGAUGGUAGCUUUUGAAGGUGCUUUGACAGGGAGGCGAUUCCUGGGUUGUCCUGUGCAGCAGGAUGUAGGUGUGAACUGUGGGGUUGUGGAGUGGGUGGAUGGUCCUUGGCCAGAGAUUCUACAAAGGUGCCUAACAAGGAUUUGGGACAUGUACCAUGAGCAGAACUUGGGGAAGGUGAAGGACAAACAAGCCCAUGAGAAAGAGGUGGCCAAGCUAAAGAAGGAAAUUGAUUUCCUGUCAAACAACUACAACCAAUUGGUGGAAGAUAUAUCCAAGAUUUUUGACUAUCAAGAUGGCAAGAUGUCUCAUGACAUGGACUAUACCAGUCAGGCAAUCAAUGAACUAAAUGAGAAGAAGAAACAACUUGAGGAUCAGGCAAAGAUUGAGUUAAGUAUGGAAAAGCUUAAGCUUACCAAGGAGCAAAGGUGCAUUCUUCAAAGCCAAGCAGAUAUCAUUCAGAACAUGAGGAAGGCCAUGAAGGAAGUGGAGGGGGACAGGGACCUACUUAAGAAAGAGAAGAAGAAGCUGGAGUAUUUGAUUGCUAAUCUGCUCAAUGCUGGGCAUGCCAGCAAAGAUAAGCUGGAGAGGAUCAAGGCAAUUAUGAAUGAGAAGUGCUUGGUGUGUGGGUUAAGUAAUUAG